AUGAAUACUAUUCCAGCCGGCGGCGGAGCCUACUACUUCGCGAAGCAAUCGAUCAACGCAGAUCGACAAGCCCGAUUCGAAGCUGAAGUCAAGCACAAGGCUCAAAUGAAGUUGAUGGAGGAAGAGCACGCUCGUAAAGCGCUGUCUGUGAACAAACCAUCUCUGGAAGGAGACACUUUGAAGCGAGCGAAUAUGAUACGACACCAGAAUGCUACCGAUGAUGGCGCCUCGCCGAGUAUCGAGGCCUCUCAUGACCCGGCGGCUACCCGACACGAACCCUUGACCGAGGCCGACCGUGUCGUGGAAAAGAGCAAGUACGAGACGGCGCAGCCGUAUCGGCCUCCGAGUGGGAACCGAUUUAGCUGA